AUGUGCUCCAGACAAAGCUCCGGAGGCUGCCAUGGGAUGUCCUCCCAGUCCAGCGGGUGCCACAGCUCGGGCUCCAGCUGCCACGGGAGCGGCUCCUCCAGUUACCAGUCCCAGGGCUCCUCCUGCUCCGGCAAAAUCAUCAUCAGCUCUGGUGGUGGAGGAGGUGGAUCCUGCUGCAGCGGGGGCUCCUCCGGAUACGGGAUGGGAGGGGGAUACGGUGGUGGCUCCUCAGGAUCCAAGACCAUCAUUGGAGGGGGAAGCAGUGGAGGGUGCUCAGGUUAUGGCAUGGGUGGAGGAUACGGUGGUGGAUCCUCAGGAUCAAAGAGCAUCAUUGGAGGUGGAAGCAGUGGAGGUUCCUCGGGAUGCUGCGGUGGAGGGUCCAGCUAUGGGAUGGGAGGAGGAUACGGUGGUGGAUCCUCAGGAUCAAAGACCAUCAUUGGAGGUGGAAGCAGUGGAGGUUCCUCUGGAUGCUGCGGUGGAGGGUCCAGCUAUGGCAUGGGUGGAGGAUACGGUGGUGGAUCCUCAGGAUCCAAGAGCAUCAUUGUAGGGGGAGGUAGCGGAGGUUCCUCUGGGUACUGUGGUGGAGGAUCUUCAGGUUAUGGCAUGGGUGGAGGGUAUGGUGGUGUGUCUUCAGGAACCAAGAUCAUAAUGGGAGAUGGAGGCAGUGGAGGUUCCUCUGGGUGCUGCAGUGGAGGAUCCAGCUAUGGGAUGGGUGGAGGAUACGGUGGUGGAUCCUCAGGAUCCAAGAGCAUCAUUGUAGGGGGAGGUAGCGGAGGUUCCUCUGGGUACUGUGGUGGUGGAUCUUCAGGAUACGGGAUGGGAGGAGGGUACGGUGGUGGCUCCUCAGGAGGGAAGACCAUCAUUGGAGGUGGAGGCGGUGGUGGAUCCUCCGGAUGCUGCAGUGGAGGAUCCAGCUAUGGGAUGGGCGGAGGAUACAGCAGCAGCUCCUCAGGCCAGACCAUCAUCAUCAGCUCUGGAGGUGGCGGCGGAGGCUCCUCCCAGCAGAAAUGUCCCAUUGUCGUCCCCAGCGUGGUGUCCCACCAGAGCAAGCAGAGCUGCUACUGGCCCUACAGCCAGCACAAGUGA